GUGUUGGGAGCAGCAAGAGUACGCAGAAGUAAGCUUCAAGUCCAAAAAAUUAUGGUGCACAGCGCGUACGAUUGUUUAGAACUUGUGGGCGAUUGCCCUUCGAAGAUCGAAUCCAUUGAAUCGUACGGGUCGAAGCUCCUUGUCGGGUGCUCCGAUGGAUCGCUCCGAAUAUACGGGCCGGAAAUGGAAUCUUCCGACGGUUCUCCGCCUUACGUUCUGGAGAAGAAUCUGGUCGGAUUUUCGAGGAAGCCCGUCCUCUCUAUGGAGGUAUUGGAGUCGAGAGAGCUUCUUCUAUCGCUCUCGGAGUCCAUCGCGUUUCACAGGCUCCCUACGUUGGAAACCAUAGCAGUGAUCACAAAGGCCAAGGGCGCCAACGUCUUCUGCUGGGACGAACGAAGAGGCUUCCUCUGCUUCGCAAGGCAAAAGCGCGUUUGCAUUUUCAGACACGACGGUGGUAGAGGAUUUGUGGAGGUGAAAGAGUUUGGUGUACCAGACGCGGUGAAGUCCAUGAGUUGGUGUGGUGAGAAUGUAUGUAUAGGUAUUAGAAGAGAGUAUGUGAUUCUGAAUGCUUCAAACGGCGCUUUGACUGAAGUUUUUACAUCUGGGAGACUAGCACCUCCUUUAGUGGUGUCUCUUCCAUCCGGAGAGCUUCUUCUUGGAAAGGAGAACAUUGGGGUCUUUGUGGACCAAAAUGGGAAACUUCUUUCGGAAGGUAGGAUUUGUUGGUCAGAGGCUCCAGUGGAAGUUGUGAUUCAGAAACCCUAUGCCAUAGGUUUGCUGCCAAGAUUUGUGGAGAUUCGAUCUCUCCGAGAUCCUUAUCCGCUCAUACAAACUGUUGUUCUUCGCAAUGUUCGCCAUCUUCGUCAAGGGAAUAAUUCGGUGAUACUUGCUUUGGAUAAUUCUAUUCAUGGCCUCUUCCCUGUUCCUCUUGGAGCCCAGAUUGUCCAAUUAACAGCGUCUGGCAACUUUGAAGAGGCAUUGUCAUUGUGCAAGCUCCUUCCACCUGAAGAUUCAAGUCUGCGUGCUGCAAAGGAGGGGUCAAUUCAUAUAAGAUAUGCCCACUAUCUCUAUGACAAUGGAAGCUAUGAGGAGGCUAUGGAACAUUUCCUGGCAUCUCAAGUAGAUAUAACCUAUGUGCUUUCUCUGUAUCCGUCCAUCAUCCUUCCAAAGACAAGUACUAUCCAUGAGCUUAAGAAGUUGGACAUUUAUGGGGAUGCUUCAUCUCUCUCCAGAGGUUUUUCGGGUGGGUCAGAUGAUAUGGAACUAUCAUCAACAUCUCAUAUGUCAGAAUCUGAUGAGAAUGCAGCACUUGAAUCCAAAAAAAUGAGCCAUAAUAUGCUUAUGGCUCUGAUAAAAUAUUUACAGAAGAAGAGAUAUAGUUUUAUUGAGAAGGCCACUGCAGAGGGAACUGAAGAAGUUGUUUUAGAGGCAGUUGGGGAUAACUUUGCAUCCUACAACAGGUUUAAGAAAACAAACAAGGGGCGUGGUAGUAUAUCUGUUAGUUCAGGAGCUCGGGAGAUGGCUUCAAUAUUGGAUACUGCUCUACUUCAAGCCUUGAUUCUUACUGGACAAUCUUUAGUGGCUUUAGAAUUAUUAAGAGGUGUUAACUACUGCGAUUUGAAAAUAAGUGAAGAAAUACUUCGAAAAGGCAACCAUCAUGUUGCUUUAUUAGAACUUUACAAGUGCAAUGGUUUGCACCGGGAAGCUCUUGAACUUCUUCACAAAUUGGUGGAAGGGUCAAAGUCUAGCCAGUUUGAAAUUACACAAAGGUUCAAGCCUGAGGACAUUGUUGAGUAUCUCAAGCCGCUAUGUGCAACAGACCCCAUACUUGUUCUAGAGUUCUCUAUGCUUGUUCUUGAAAGCUGCCCAUCCCAAACUAUUGAGCUCUUUCUAUCCGGAAAUAUUCCAGCAGAUAUGGUGAACUCAUAUUUGAAGCAGCAUUCUCCAAACAUGCAAGCUACUUACUUGGAGCUCAUGCUUGCAAUGAAUGAGAAUGCCGUAUCCGGCAAUUUGCAAAAUGAAAUGGUACACAUAUAUCUUUCUGAAGUACUUGAUUGGCAUGCUGAUUUAAGUGCUCAACAAAAUUGGGAUGAGAAAGCCUAUUCCCCAACACGGAAAAAAUUAUUGUCUGCUUUGGAGGGUAUAUCAGGAUACAAUCCUGAAGCUCUGCUUAGUCGUCUUCCACCUGAUGCUUUAUAUGAAGAGCGUGCAAUAUUGUUGGGGAAAAUGAACCAACAUGAACUGGCAUUAUCUUUGUAUGUUCAUAAGCUUCAUGUUCCGGAACUGGCGUUGUCUUAUUGUGAUCGGGUGUACGAGUCUUCGCAUCAGCCAUCUGUAAAAUAUCCCAGCAACAUAUACCUGACGCUUUUGCAAAUCUAUUUGAAUCCUCGGAGGACCACGGCAAGCUUUGAAACGAGAAUUACAAAUUUGUUAUCCCCACAGAAUACAACCAUCCUAAAAGUUGGUUCAACGGCAUCAGUAAAAACUAAAGGAAGCCGAGGAACAAAGAAAAUUGCUGAGAUAGAGGGUGCAGAGGACACAAAAGUAAGUUUGAGCAGCACUGACAGUAGCAAGAGUGAUGGUGAUACGGAUGAAUUUAGUGAGGGUGGUUCUACUAUCAUGCUUGAUGAGGUCCUUGAUUUGUUGAGCCGCAGAUGGGAUCGAAUAAAUGGAGCUCAGGCCCUUAAACUUUUACCAAGAGAGACUAAAUUACAGGACUUGCUUUCAUUUCUUGGACCCCUCCUGAGAAAAUCUAGUGAAAUGUACCGUAAUUGUUCAGUGAUCAAGAGCUUGAGACAGAGUGAGAACCUUCAGGUGAAAGAUGAACUCUAUAGUCAGAGGAAAGCAGUUGUGAAGAUAACCAGUGAUAGCAUGUGUUCUCUGUGUCGUAAGAAAAUAGGGACAAGUGUUUUUGCAGUCUACCCCAAUGGGAGCACUCUCGUGCACUUUGUCUGUUUCAGAGAUUCUCAAAAUAUGAAAGCAGUGACCAAAGGGUCUCAAUUGAGGAAGCGAUUAUGAAACGGAAAGACCAUACAAAUUGGUGAUCCAAUUGCCUUGGUUGAGCGUCUUUUUACCCAUGGUGCCUGCUGGUUGGUGGAUUAUGACGACACUGGCACUAAUUUGUUUUCCGAAACCAGUUUUUUCCAGUUUGUUCGUGUGAAAAGUGAGAUUUGAUAUGGGAAGAGCGUGAUGUGUUUCUCUUUUAUUUUCUUUUGUGAUGUAAAUAUUGGGUGAGGGUCGGACAUUUAUUUAUUUUGAGCAUUGGAAGGGAGCAGAUUUCCCCCUCCUUUUCCUUCUCAGUGUUGUUGUAUUCUGCGCGAAAAUAUCAG